AGCUAGCAAGGUAGGAGGCAGGAAGGGAAAAGCAAAUCACCAAGAAUCCUUUCCUGUCUUUUCAGUCCACAGACCACACAUAGGCCUGAAAGGCCCCACUCGCACAGCAGCGGGCUGUUGCCUUUGCUAGGGGUGCUAGCAAAGUGCCACGGCGCAGAGGUGGAGUGCUCCCAGCUGGAAGGCAGAACUCGCAGGAUAUCUAGCCCUUAAUCCUGCCAUGGCCGCAAAAGCCAGCAGCUCCAUGAAGUGCCUCCAGCUGCUUGUUUUCCAGGUUGCUCUUGUAGGGCCUGUCUGCUGUGGGAAUGUGCUGGUCUGGCCAACGGAAGGCAGCCACUGGCUAAAUGUGCAGACAGUCAUACGGGAGCUCAUCCGUCGUGGGCACAGCGUCACCGUCCUGGUAUCCAACGCCUCCCUCUUCAUUCAACCCAAGGCUGACGCCACAGAGAAGUUUGAGGUCUUUAACGUGCCCUUCAAGAAAGACACCAUCGAGAACCUGAUCGAGGAGAUCGUGGCACUGUGGCUGAACAACAGGCCAACAACCCUGACCUUCUGGCAGUUUUACAAGGAGCUGGGAAAACUGUCCAAAAGCUGGCACCAGCUCAACAGGCAGAUGUGCGAUGCGGUGCUGUCCAACCAGGAGCUGAUGGCCCACCUGCGGAGGUCUGGCUAUGACCUGCUGCUCUCAGACCCAGUGACCCUCUGUGGGGACCUUGUGGCUCUCAAGCUGGCGGUCCCCUUCGUGUACUCGCUGCGCUUCUCCCCGGCUUCCACCGUGGAGAGGCACUGUGGCAAGAUCCCAGCCCCGCCGUCCUACACGCCCGCAGCCCUGUCUGAGCUCACCGACCGCAUGUCCUUCAGCGAGAGAAUAAAAAAUAUCGUGUCUUAUCACUUGCAAGACUAUGUUUUCCAGAGCUACUGGGGAGAAUGGGACGUCUACUACAGCAAGAUCUUAGACAACAGCCACUGGCUCAAUGUGGAGUACAUCCUCAAGGAGCUUGUGGCCCGGGGCCACGAGGUGACCGUGCUGCUGCCUUCAUGCUUCCUCAUCCUCAACGCCACCCAGCACUCGCCCUUCCACUUUGAGGUGGUCGAGGUGCCGAUCAGCAAAAAGGAGAUGGCUGCCAUAAUGGACGAAUCUUUCUAUUUUUGGUUUACGAGGAGAGAGUUACCUGUCUGGGAAAGCGUUUACAAGAUAGUUCAACUGCUGCGCAAGCUGGAGAUUGUAACCAAAACCAUCUGCGAUGGAGUCCUGAGGAACAAGAUGCUGAUGGAAAGGCUGAGGGCAUCUGCCUUCGAUGUUCUCGUUGCAGAUCCACUGGUGCCCAGCGGGGAGCUCUUUGCAGAGAUCCUGGGUAUCCCUUUUGUGUACACCAUCCGGUUCUCCAUAGGCAAUACGGUGGAGAGACUCUGCGGAGGGCUCCCAGCACCUCCUUCCUAUGUGCCAGCCAUCCUAAGCCGCCUAACAGACAAGAUGUCCUUCAUGGAGAGGCUAAAAAACAUCGUCUCCUAUGCUCUGCAGGAUUUCACGUAUCACUACCUUUUCUGGGGAAACUGGGAUCAAUACUACAGUGAUGUUUUAGGAAGGCCUACAACCCUGUGUGAGACGAUGGGGAAAGCAGAGAUAUGGUUAAUCAGAACGUACUGGGAUUUUGAAUUUCCACGCCCCUUCCUGCCCAACUUUGAGUUCGUUGGAGGACUUCAUUGCCAGCCUGCAAAGCCAUUGCCAAAGGAAAUGGAAGAAUUUGUUCAGAGCUCAGGAGAACAUGGCAUUGUGGUAUUUUCUCUCGGAUCAAUGGUCUACAACCUGACUGAUGAAAAAAGUAAUGUGAUUGCCAGAGCGCUCAGCCAGCUUCCACAAAAGGUCCUUUGGAGGUACAAAGGAAAGAAACCAGAAGCUCUGGGCUCCAACACCAGGACUUAUGACUGGAUACCCCAAAAUGACCUGCUUGGCCAUCCCUUGACGAAAGCCUUCAUUACUCAUGGUGGCACCAAUGGGAUCUAUGAAGCUAUCUACCACGGGAUCCCGUUGGUUGGGAUUCCCAUGUUUGCUGACCAGCAUGACAACAUCGCUCACAUGAGGGCAAAGGGAGCUGCAGUUGAGCUGGAUUUCGGCACACUGAAGACAGAGGACCUAGUUGAUGCAGUGAAUGCAGUCAUUAACAAUUCCUCCUACAAGGAAAAUGCUUUAAGAUUAUCCAAGAUACACCACGACCAGCCAACUAAGCCUCUGGACAGAGCUGUCUUCUGGAUUGAAUUUGUCAUGCGUCACAAAGGAGCAAAGCACUUGAGACCAGCCGCUCACCAUCUCACCUGGUACCAGUACCACUGCCUGGAUGUUCUGGCAUUCUUGUUCACCUGUGCAGCCAUUGCUGUCUUCAUUCUUGUCAAGUGCUGCCUAUUUUGCUGUAGGAAACGUGGUAGAAUUGCAAAAAGAAAGAAAGAAUAGCUGUGCUGUUCCCGUCAGCCCUCUUUCUUCCUUGUAGGCUGCUGACUCAGCAAGGCAUUUACGCAUAUUCCUCAGUAAAUAAAAUUAUUAGGAUAUGCUUUAAGCUGGACAUAUCACAAAGCACCUCAUUGAACUGGGUCAUGCUAAAAAUCAGUUACAGGGCAGAGUUGCUUGCUUAGCCAGUAAAUUCCUUCUGGCCUCGAUAAGAUUGAAUUAUAAAUGUUUAAUCCCUUGGGAUGCUGUUAGUUAUCACACAGGGUUCCUAAAACGGUAAUCGCUGCUCUAACUUGUCACAUUCAAUUUGGUACACUUCAUAAAUACAGCCCUCCUGCGUGUUGUCUUGUGGUCUCUGAACUUAAAACUAGUUUUCUUAGUCUAUCUCUGACCUUCCCUAUAACAUCAUCCAUAAAUCAAAAUGUCUCUCCUGUCAGAAAAGCUCUUUCCAGAUUGGACAGUGAAGCCAAGGUCAUGAGAUCCUGAAAAAGUGCCCAUCUGGACGGUUAACUAAGGUCAUAAAAAAUUGGGAGCUGCAGGAGACUGGUGAAGGCUUUAUCAUCACUUUUUACAAAUGCACUGACAGUGGCUGAGGGGGAGACAGGAACAUAUUUAAGUCCUAAAAACAGCACAGAAAUGGCUUUCUUUCCUCCAAGAACCAUCUUUUUUCCAUCCAACACGCUUAGAGUCCUGCUGCACAGGCCAUCAUUCUGCAACACAACAGGAGCACGAAAAUAACUUCCACCUGUCAUCUUAACCCCCAAGAUCCUCUAAGCCACACUCACUGAUAAAUCCAGGAAAACCCUCAGAGGUGGAGCUUCGAAUUAAAGUCACACAUAGGAACAGUGCAGGAACACUUAGGAACACUUGCUUUGCCUGAAGUACUGGUGUGAAAACAAUGCUGCCCUUGGCUCAGAUGGAAUAGUCUUACAUGCUGCACUCCUGAAAUUAUUAAAUAAGUCCUUAGUGAUGAAAGGCUAUUAGACUGAUGAUGCUUCAGACCUCCUGUUCAAGGUGAGGUUACUCCACUGUUGUACCAGUGUACUUAAGAAUCUGCCCCAAUUUUAACUGACAUUUGUUGCAUUCUGGACAAAAUAGACUGAGAAAAUGUUAUAUUCGUAUAAUAAAAUUCCCUA